AUGGCCCUGAUAGAGUACGCACUCUCGCCAUGGGCGAUCCCGGCAGUUCUGGGCCUGGUAUUGUUCUCGUAUCUAUUCGACUACUUUGUGACGAAUGGAAACCUGCGUGGGAUUCCUGCGCCGUUUGGUGCGCAGUUUUCGAACUUUUGGUUAUUGGGCGUUUGCCGACGUGGAAAUCGAUACAAAACUGUGGAUGAAUACCACACCAAGCUUGGACAAGUCAUUCGCAUUCAGCCGAAUCAUGUCAGUAUCGCGGAUGAUGAGGCCAUCCAGACAAUUUACGGUCACGGCAAUGGCUUUUUGAAAGCCGAGUUUUAUGACGCCUUUGUCUCUAUUCGCCGUGGCCUAUUCAACACACGGGAUAGACAUGAACACUCCAGGAAGAGAAAGAUGGUUUCUCAUACCUUCUCGACAAAGUCGGUUGUUCAGUUCGAGCCGUACAUCCACGAAAACCUUGCCUUGUUCGUAAAGCAGCUUGACAAGCUGAUUGAGCAAAGCCCACACAAAACGAAGGACGGCAAGUCAGAGGCGCAUCUCGACUCGUUGCUGUGGUUCAAUUUUCUCGCCUUUGACGUUAUCGGCGAUUUAGCCUUUGGCGCGCCAUUCGGAAUGCUGGAGAAAGGCGCAGAUGUUGCCGAGAUUCGAUCAUCCCCGGAUAGCCCGCCAGAGUACGCUCCUGCAAUUGAGAUUCUCAAUCGAAGAGGAGAGGUGAGCGCAACACUGGGCUGCUACCCGCAGCUGAAGCCCUAUGCAUCCAUGCUCCCUGAUCCAUUUUUCAGCAAGGGCCUGGAAGCAGUGCAGAAUCUCGCAGGUAUUGCCAUCGCUCGAGUCAAGAGCCGAGUCGAAAAUCCCCCAGACGUGGAGCGCAAGGACCUGCUUGCUCGGUUGAUGGAGGGCAAAGACGAUAAAGGCGAGCCUCUCUGCCGUGAAGAGCUGACUGCCGAGGCUCUCACCCAGUUGAUUGCUGGAAGCGACACGACGUCCAAUUCAUCAUGUGCCCUCAUGAACUACCUAGUCCGUAACCCGCGUGUGUUGAAGAAACUCCAGGCGGAACUUGACGCUGCAAUUCCUGAAAAUGUCGAUGUUCCCACGUAUGAUAUGGUUCGUGACCUGCAGUACCUAGGCUGGGUUAUCGAUGAAGCACUGCGUCACCACUGCACAUCUGGCAUCGGACUGCCGCGCCAGAUCCCACUGGACUCUCCUGGAAUUACUAUCCGUGGCCACUACUUUCCCCCUGGUACUGUUCUCAGCGUACCUACAUAUACGAUUCACCACUCGACGGAGAUUUGGGGAGAUGAUGCGGAGGAAUACAAGCCCGAGAGAUGGGAGAACGUCACGGCCAGGCAAAAGAAUGCAUUCAUCCCCUUUAGCCACGGACCAAGAUCCUGUGUUGGACGGAACGUGGCAGAGAUGGAGAUGAAGCUUAUUGCUGCUACUUGGGCGAGACGGUAUGCGGUUACGCUUCGUCAGGGACCUAUGGAAACUAGGGAAGGGUUUCUGCGGAAGCCUUUGGGCUUGGAUGUCGGCCUGUCAUACAGGUAG